UCAAGGAAAUGGAGACUUUAUAUGUUGGAUACCUCUUUAAAAACUGUUCAUAGUAAAAUAAUCAGAACUAUAGAUGUUAUUGUCAUUGUGAUAUAAGAUUGAUCUGUUUUUAAGGAUUGUGUUAACUUUUUAUGAAUAUACCUGUGGCGAGUAAAGACCUCUGUUAUUGCCACAAGACUGAUGAACUAUGGAGAACAUCACUUCUGUUGGGGAUAUUCUAACCUUGGAGAGGUUAAAAAUCACCACAGAGUCUUCCGUUCCUGUCUUUGUUGUCCUCCUCCUCAUCUACAUCUUUAUUGUGGUGUCCAACAUCGGCCUGGUGGUGCUGAUCUUCAGAACCAGGAGCCUCCAGCAGCCCAUGUACCUGCUCCUCUGCAACAUGAGUAUUAACGACGUGUUCGGGGCGACGAUCGUCGUCCCCGAGAUGCUUAGAGAUCUGUUAAUCUCAGACUCGGAGCGGCUCGUCCGUUACGCUGACUGUGCCGUUCAGGCCUUUUGCGUCCACCUGCAUGCGAGUGCUUCCCACACUGUGCUCAUCAUCAUGGCUUUUGACCGCUAUGUGGCCAUCUGCAGGCCGCUGCGGUACGCCGGCGUCAUGACCAGUGGGACAGUGGCAGUGCUUUCGGCGUCAGCGUGGGGGACAGCUUUAUUGAUGGUGGCAAUCCUGGUGGGACUCAGCGUCCGCCUGUCACGCUGCAGGUCGGUCAUAUCCAACUUGUUCUGCGACAACGCCUCCCUGGUCAAACUGUCGUGUGAAAGCGUCCUCACCAAUCAGGUCUACGGCCUCGGCUACACAGUGGUGCUGCUGGGCUCGUCCAUCGGCAGCGUGGUGCUCACCUACCUGAGAAUCGCCGUGGUGUGUCUGCGCAGCAAGAACAAGUCUAUGAAUGGCCAAGCGCUGCGGACAUGUGGAACCCACCUGGCCGUGUACGUCAUCCUCUUGGUGUCCGGGUUCCUCAUCGUGAUCCUGCACCGCUUCCCUCAGCUGGCAGACCACAGGAAGGUGGCGGCGGCCAUGGGACACGUGGCGUUGCCGGCACUGAACGCCAUUAUCUACGGGCUGCAGAUUAAACAAGUCCGGCAGAAGAUCAUGACUUUGAUACAGAAAAAAAAACUUGCAUCAACCGUCUGCACAAUGGAGAACCAGACAUUAAAUGCAGAUGUUCUAAUCCUGGAAGGGUUAAAGGUCAGCCCAGAGUCCUCCCUUCUCAUCUUUGUCUUCCUCCUGCUCAUCUACAUCUUCAUCAUGGUGUCCAACCUCGGCCUGUUGGUGCUGAUCACCACAGAGAGGAGCCUCCAGCAGCCCAUGUACCUGCUCUUUUGCAACAUGAGCAUUAACGACACUUUCGGGGCGACGACCAUCAUCCCUCGUCUGUUAAGCGACCUUUUUCAUCCGAUCGCAGAACGCUACAUCCGCUACGCCGAUUGUGUCCUCCAAGCCUUCUGCGCUCACUUCAAUGCGAGCGCCUCCCACACGGUGCUCAUGAUUAUGGCCUUUGACCGCUACAUGGCCAUCUGCAACCCUCUGCGAUACGCCGCCAUCAUGACAAACCGAAUGGUGGGGGUGCUGGUGGCGGCGGCAUGGGCGGUAGCCUUUUUGAUGGUGGUGAUCCUGGUGGGGCUCAGCGUCCGCCUGUCGCGCUGCAGGCGCGCCGUGCUCCACCCGUUCUGCGACAACGCCUCCUUGUUCAAGCUAUCAUGUGAGAGUGUCCUUGCCAACCAGGUCUACGGCCUGGGCUACACGGUGGUGCUGCUGGGCUCGUCGCUCGGGAGCGUGGCGCUCACCUACCUGAGGAUCGCCAUUGUGUGUCUGAGCAGAAAGAACAAGUCUCUGAACGGCAGAGCACUGCAGACCUGCGGCAGCCACCUGGCCGCGUAUGUCAUCAUGUUCGUGUCGGGCUCCGUCAUCAUCGUUCUGCAUCGGUUUCCUCAACUUUCUGACCACAGGAAACUAGCGUCCAUCUUGUUCCACGUGGUUCCUCCCGCCAUGAACGCCCUCAUCUACGGACUGCAGAUCAAAGCUGUCAGACAAAAGAUUGUGGUCAUGUUUACCAGGAACACAGUAGGUUAAAUGACUCAAUAGGGAAUCUUAUGGA